UGCCAAGACACCAAACGCACCUCGGCAACCUCCCCUCCCUCGGCCCUGGCCCAUCUCGCUGCCGAGCGCCCCAACCCCGUCGCUCCGUCGCUCGUCUUCCUCCUCGAGCGAGCGCCGCCACCCCUCCCUCUCCGUCCCGAUGCCGAGCGCCCCAGCCCCGUAGCUCGUCUCCCUCAUCGAGCUAGCGCCGCCACCCCUCCCUCCCCAUCCCACUGCCGAGCGCCCCAGCUCCGUCGCUCGUCUUCCUCCUCGCGCAAGCGCCCGCCACCAGGUUGAUCUCUCGGAUUCUCUCGUUCCCGGCCGUUUCUCCUCCCAUCACCUCACGAAUGAAUUACGCCCUUUAGCCCCCCGUUUCAUCUCCUUAAUCACCCCCAAUUCGUAACUGAGGCAAAAAUAAGGUAGGGCGACCGCCCUACCUUGCCCUACCGGGUCCUCCGCCCGUGAGCAGCAGCAGCGACCCAACGCCCCCAUCUUCCGUAAAGUAACAGCAAGGAAAAAGAUCAUCACCUGCUUGGUGCACAGCGACUGGACGGCUUUGAGACUUGUAGGGUUUAGCGGCAAGGCUCUCGUGAUGGCCAGCUCCGAGGAGGGUUUAGCGGCAUCCCUAGGAGAGCUACGCGUGGAGGCCGCGCCGUUAAGGGACAGCGAAGUCGCUUCACAUGGCAAUGGUGCUGAUAUUGUUGAUGAUGACGACGAUAUUUGGGAUGAUGCUGGUCCAGAUUCUCCAGGUCGUGGAUCCAUCUUAGAUAGAGAAUGGGCUUACAGGCAGAACCAGUUCCGUAAGAUGGGGUACCGGGAUGGCAUAACUGAAGGGCAGAAGGAUGCUGCCCAAGAGGGCUUCAAUAUUGGGUUUAGGGAAUCCGUGCAUGUUGGCUAUAAGUGGGGUCUUCUUCGCGGGAUUACCAGCAGUGCACUAGCUAGUCUUCCUGAUAACUCGAAGGAAAAACUGUUGCCCAAUGACCAAUGCAGAGGAAGACUUCAGGAUCUGCAUAACUCCAUCCAAGAAAUUUCAUCAGAUAACGCGCUACAAAUGUUCCACAAAAGCACUCUUGACAAUAACCAUCCAUUGGAGGAACCACAUAUAAAAUCAGAAGAAGUCGAAGCUGUAGAUUCUAGCAGGCUCGAAACUUUACCAAAGGAUCUCCUGUUGUUGUUGCAUGAGUGCCCAAAUAUUAAAGUUCAGGAAGAGAUGGCAUGAGUUAUGUAACAGCUGGGUGAAUGGAAGCGCAAGUGCCACUGAUCAUCGAGGGGAAUUACUUGCACUGAAUUUUCAGGUCACUACAUCCAGGAAGGCUAAAGAUGAUGUAUGUAGUUUGUUCAAGAUGGAGCUGGUUCAAGUCCUGUGAUACUAAGAUUUUCUUUGCUGUAGAUUCUUGUAAAUUCGCAGUAUGCAUGACAAUAAUAAUUGUGUUUCUUCUUGAGUUCUGCAUCUUUCUGUUAUUGCUUUACCAAACGUUGAUCCAGUUACGCAAACAUUCGGCAUUUGCUAAUGAACUGUAUUGGUAGUCUUCAUUGAUUUCAUUCAUUGUAAUAUUCUGGGAAAAGUCUAGAUUAAUGGCCUCUUGAAACA